AUGGCGGAGGCGCAGGCGGCAGCGCCGGAGGAGUCGGCUCCGCAGGAGCUCAACGGCCACGCGGAGGGCGCGCCCGAGGCGCUGGGCGGCGCGGAUUCGCUCGACGCGGGCAUGCAGGCGCUCAGUGUGUACACCGUCGAGGGCGACACCGUCGUCCGGCUGCACCAGACCAACGUCGUCACCGUGCGCGCUGAUGGCGAGGGCAUCAACAUGGCGCUCAAGGCCUUCGCGCCCGGGCUGCAGGUGAUGGCCGAUGGCCACGUCGCGGAGGGCAAUUGGCGCGUCACCAACGGCCGCGACUGGUCCGUCCACUUCUUCGACGGCGUGUCGGCUGCCGCCAUGCCGGGCCUCUUUGAGCAGAUGAUCAUGCAGGCGGGCGGGUUUGACGGCAUGACGCCUCAGUUCAUGGGCGCGAUGCCGCCGGGCAGCGUGCCCGGCUCCGCAUCCCCCAGCGCCGCCGCCGGCGGGGCAAUGGGUGGAGGCUACAUGGGUGGAGGCUCGCCCGAGGAGGCGGCGACGAACCUCGAGGCGUACGACGACAUCCCCGUCGAGGCUUCGGGCGAGGACUGCCCCAACCCGGUCGAGCAGUUUGCCGAGCUGCAGCUGCACCCGCAGCUGAUGCACAACAUCGAGGUGGCGCGCUACAUGCGGCCGACGCCCGUGCAGCGGCACGCCAUCCCGGUCGGCAUCGCGCGCCGCGACCUUAUGGCUUGCGCGCAGACAGGGUCGGGCAAGACGGGCGCGUUCCUCUUUCCUGUCCUGCACCAGAUCAUGGCGGCGCUCGACGCGGCGCCGGACAUGCGCCCGCGCGGCUGCGCGGAGCCGCGCUGCCUCAUCCUCUCGCCGACGCGCGAGCUGGCGACGCAGAUCCACAAGGAGGCGCUGCGCUUCAUCCAGCGCUCCAAGGUCUUCUCCGUCGUCGUGUACGGCGGCGCCGAGAUGAAGACACAGAUCAACGCGCUCGACCGCGGGUGCCACGUGCUCGUUGCGACGCCAGGGCGAUUGGUGGACCUGAUCGAGCGCGGCAAGGUGCGGCUCACGUCGAUCGCGCACCUCGUGCUCGACGAGGCGGACCGGAUGCUCGACAUGGGGUUUGAGCCGCAGAUCCGGCGCGUGGUGGAGCGGGAGGGCAUGCCUCCGGUCGGGCAGCGGCAGACGCUGAUGUUCUCGGCGACCUUCCCCAAGGAGAUCCAGCGGCUCGCGUCCGAGUUCAUGACGCGCUACAUCUUCGUGGCGGUGGGGCGGGUCGGCUCGACGACGGCGCUCAUCACGCAGUCGAUCCACUACUGCGAGGAGAACGACAAGCGGCGGCUGCUCAUCGAGCUGAUCGCCGCCAACGCCGGCCGCACCAUCGUCUUUGUGGAGACCAAAAAGGCGGCCGAGCACUUGGAGGAGUUCCUAUACCGCUCGCAGAUCCCGGCCACCUCGAUCCACGGCGACCGCUCGCAGCGUGAGCGCGAGUACGCCCUCGCCUCCUUCCGGCGGGGACACCCGGCGGUGCUGGUCGCCACAGACGUGGCGGCGCGCGGGCUGGACGUGCCCGACUGCAUGCAUGUGAUCAACUACGAGCUGCCGCGCGACAUCAACUCGUACGUCCACCGGAUCGGCCGCACGGGCCGGAUGGGCAAGCAGGGCGUGGCCACGUCUCUCUUCUCGCCGCUCAACCGCCCUGUGGCGCGCGACCUGGUCACGCUCCUGCAGGAGGCGAACCAAGCUUGCCCCGACUGGCUCGUCGCCAUCGCGGAGCAAUCGGGCCACGGAGGGGGCCGCGGCUAUCAGGGCCGCGGCAAGUUUGGCGGCCGCGACUACCGCUCCAACGCCCAGGUGCGGCGCUACCAGCACUCGGCCGUCGGCGCGAUGCCGGGCUACAGCCAGGGGUACCAGCAGGGCGGCUACAUGCCGCAGCAGGGCGGCGGCGCGUACGGUGGCUACCAGGCCUCGCCGCAUUACCAGUACUACAAUCAACAGCCGGCGCAGGGCGGCGGCGAGGGCGGCUCCCCUGCGAUGAUGCCGAUGGGGAUGGUGUGGCAACAGCAGCAGAUGCCCCCAGGCGGCACCGCCGGCCACGAAGGGCACUACGCGGGGUACGCCCAGUGA